AUGGGUUCUUGCAUCAGCAAAUGCAGACCCAAUAAAUAUUACAUCGAAAAUUUUAGUCAUGUUCAAGACAAGCUUGUGAUCUCAUCACAAACUCCAAAAACUCCCACACCUGUCUCAAACAUAAUUUCCCCUUUGCCUCUUUCACUUUCCAUUUCUUACUCUUCUUCGUUUCCUUCCUUUACAUGUACCACUAGUAACACUGCAACAAGUUCGUGUUCAUCGGUUUCAAGCUCAGCUUCGGUCUUGAGCUCCAAGGAUAGGUCUUUUUCCAAUGAGUUCUUGUGGACAUGUGUUAAGGAGAACCCUCACGUUAUUCGUAUUAAUUCAAUCAAGGAAGCUUCUCUUGCAUUAGCUACUGUUAGAUUUCCUACUCAGGUACUAGAAUCCCCGGUGAAACCAGUCGUUGCACUGGUGAAGCAGGCAAUUCCAUCAAGAGAGAAAGGCUCAACACCACAGAUAAGAGGAAGAUCAAGUUCACCAUCAAAAUUAACAAGACAAAAGAGCUUUCGAAAGGAGCCUGAUAGACAUAAUUCGGCAUUUUAUUUGCCAAGCAGGAGUUUGAGGUCGCCAUCUCCAAGCAGGAGAUUUAGCGGAGAUAACAAAAAUAGAGGAAUAUUGGCGAGUGCAUCGAAGGAAAUGUGCUCAUCAAAGCGGAUUGUUGGUCGGAAGGUAGAUGCACUCAACUCUGUUUCUUCCUCUCUAAGAAAAGAAAAUUUGAGGCCUUUGAGUCCAACGCUCAGCAUCCAUCCAUCUGCAAGUACUCCAUUAAAGUCUUGUUUGAAAAAUCGAGAGAAUUUCAUUCACGGAAUUAGUUCUAAAAUCGAUGAAAGUGCGCUCCCUGCACCCUUGUCGUCCCAGCAAGAAAAUAACUCCAUUACUAUGGAGGAUGUUGACAAUCCUCUUAUUUCCUUGGAUUGCUUUAUUUUUCUGUAGAAAAUUAGUUUGCAUGCAUACUGAACAUUUGUCAUGUUCAUGCAUUAUUUAAUUUUCUUUUUCUUUAAAAGUUUCUUCAUUGCUUUUUUGAU